CAACACCCAGGUUCUCCUUUUCUGCAGCUGCCGGUCGGGAAGGCAAAUGCCGGGGCGUCUUCUGGCCAAAGGAAAAGCUCUUCGGUCUCCUCGGCUGCGAAGUGAAACGGAUACACGCUGCAAAAACUGUCUCCCUGUGGUCGAAUAGAGCAGACUGAGCCGGGGAAGGGAGGGAGACCACUUUCGGCUGCUGCUGCUGCUGCUUUUCUCUUAUUUUUCUUCCGUUCUUAAAGAGAAAACAAAAAUAAAGAUCGUUGGGAUCUUGGUCGAUCUUUCCAAAGAUGUCAUCUCAAACAAAGUUCAAGAAAGACAAAGAGAUCAUAGCAGAAUAUGAAACUCAAGUAAAAGAAAUUCGUACCCAAUUGGUGGAACAGUUCAAAUGUCUAGAACAACAGUCUGAAUCCCGGUUGCAACUCCUGCAAGAUCUCCAAGAGUUCUUCCGUAGAAAGGCUGAGAUUGAACUGGAAUAUUCCAGGAACCUGGAAAAACUAGCAGAAAGAUUUUCUUCCAAGAUUCGCAGCUCCAGGGAACACCAUCAAUUCAAGAAGGAUCAGCACCUUCUUUCUCCUGUGAACUGCUGGUAUCUUGUAUUGACUCAGACGCGGAGAGAGAGCAGAGACCAUGCUACUCUGAAUGACAUCUUCAUGAACAAUGUCAUUGUCAGACUUACCCAGAUCAGUGAGGAUGUCAUCCGGCUAUUUAAAAAGAGUAAGGAAAUUGGUCUUCAGAUGCACGAAGAGCUCCUGAAAGUUACCAAUGAACUCUACACUGUGAUGAAAACAUACCACAUGUAUCAUGCUGAAAGCAUCAGUGCUGAAAGCAAACUGAAGGAGGCUGAAAAGCAAGAGGAGAAGCAGUUCAACAAAGGAGGUGACAUCAGUGUCAACCUGUUGCGGCAUGAAGAUAGGCCUCAGCGCCGCAGCUCUGUCAAGAAAAUUGAGAAGAUGAAGGAAAAGAGGCAAGCAAAAUACUCCGAAAAUAAGCUGAAAUGCACUAAAGCUAGGAACGACUAUCUGCUAAACCUCGCAGCCACAAAUGCAGCAGUCAGUAAAUACUAUAUCCAUGAUGUCUCAGACCUGAUUGACUGCUGUGACCUGGGAUUCCAUGCCAGCCUGGCGCGAACAUUCAGAACCUACCUUUCUGCUGAAUAUAAUCUAGAAACUUCACGCCAUGAAGGACUUGACAUCAUUGAGAAUGCUGUAGACAACCUGGAUGCACGAAGUGACAAACACACAGUCAUGGAUAUGUGCAACCAGGUCUUUUGUCCUCCUCUGAAGUUUGAAUACCAGCCUCACAUGGGAGAUGAAGUAUGUCAAGUGAGUGCCCAGCAGCCAGUUCAGACAGAGUUGCUCAUGCGAUAUCACCAGCUGCAGUCUAGACUUGCCACACUCAAGAUAGAGAAUGAAGAGGUGCGAAAAACAUUGGAUGCCACUAUGCAGACGUUGCAAGACAUGCUGACUGUGGAAGAUUUUGAUGUCUCGGAUGCCUUCCAGCACAGUCGCUCCACUGAGUCAGUCAAAUCAGCUGCUUCGGAGACUUACAUGAGUAAAAUCAACAUUGCCAAGAGGAGAGCCAACCAACAAGAAACUGAAAUGUUCUAUUUUACUAAAUUUAAAGAGUAUUUGAAUGGCAGUAAUCUUAUUACCAAGCUGCAGGCUAAACAUGACUUAUUGAAGCAGACUCUAGGAGAAGGUGAAAGAGCUGAAUGUGGGACAACCAGGCCCCCAUGUCUUCCCCCUAAACCACAGAAAAUGAGGAGACCUAGGCCUCUCUCAGUCUAUAAUCAUAAACUCUUUAACGGCAAUAUGGAAACGUUCAUUAAGGAUUCAGGACAGGCUAUUCCACUUGUGGUUGAAAGUUGCAUUCGAUACAUCAAUUUAUACGGUCUACAACAGCAGGGUAUUUUUAGAGUUCCUGGAUCUCAGGUUGAAGUCAAUGAUAUCAAGAAUUCUUUUGAGAGAGGUGAAGAUCCCCUUUCUGAUGAUCAAAAUGAGCGUGACAUUAAUUCCGUGGCUGGGGUCUUAAAGCUGUAUUUCCGGGGGUUGGAAAAUCCACUCUUUCCUAAGGAAAGGUUUCAAGAUUUGAUCUCUACUAUAAAAAUUGAAAACCUUGCAGAAAGAGUGCACCAGAUCCAGCAAAUCAUUAUUACCUUACCACGGGCCGUCAUCAUUGUCAUGAGAUAUCUCUUUGCUUUCCUCAAUCACUUGUCACAAUAUAGUGAUGAGAAUAUGAUGGAUCCCUACAACCUGGCCAUCUGCUUUGGACCAACUUUGAUGCAUAUUCCAGAUGGGCAGGAUCCAGUCUCCUGCCAGGCUCACGUCAAUGAGGUCAUCAAAACCAUCAUAAUCAAUCAUGAGGCCAUCUUCCCCAGCCUCAGGGAGCUGGAAGGACCUGUUUAUGAAAAAUGCAUGACUGGCGGGGAAGAAUACUGUGAUAGCCCACACAGUGAACCAGGCACCAUUGAUGAAGCGGACCAUGACAACGGCACGGAGCCGCACACCAGCGAUGAUGAGGUCGAGCAGAUUGAAGCCAUUGCAAAGUUUGACUACAUUGGGCGGUCCCCCCGUGAGUUGUCCUUCAAGAAAGGAGCCUCCCUUCUCUUGUACCACCGAGCAUCUGAAGACUGGUGGGAAGGUCGCCACAAUGGCGUGGAUGGCCUCAUACCGCAUCAGUACAUAGUGGUACAAGACAUGGAUGAUGCAUUCUCUGACAGCCUGAGUCAGAAGGCAGACAGCGAAGCAAGCAGUGGACCCCUGUUGGAUGAUAAAGCUUCAUCAAAGAAUGACAUCCAGUCUCCAACGGAUCAUAUUCCUGACUAUGGAUUUGGAGGAGUAAUGGGACGGGUGAGGUUGAGAUCUGAUGGAGCAGCCAUCCCUCGCCGUCGAAGUGGAGGAGAUACACACAGCCCUCCCAGAGGGAUCGGUCCUGGAAUAGACACCCCUCCGCGAGCAGCAGCCUGUCCCAGCAGUCCCCACAUAUUACCAUUGAACAGGGGCAGGAUCGAGAGCCCAGAGAAGCGCAGGAUGGCAACUUUUGGUAGUGCCGGCAGUAUCAACUAUCCAGAUAGGAAGGCGUUGACUGACGGCCAUCCAUUGAGGCCCACCUGUAGCUCAACUCGGCAUAGUAGUCUUGGGGAUCAGAAAUCACUAGAAGCUGAAGCACUAGCAGAGGACAUUGAAAAGACGAUGAGCACAGCAUUAAAUGAGCUGCGUGAGCUGGAAAGGCAAAAUACUGUGAAACAAGCCCCUGAUGUUGUCCUGGACACCCUUGAACCCAUGAAGAACCCUCAGAUAGGUUCUGUCAACUCUGAACCUGCCAGUCCCCUUCACACCAUCAUGAUCCGAGAUCCUGAUGCUGCCAUGCGGCGUAGCAGCAGCUCAACCACUGAAAUGAUGACUACUUUUAAGCCUGCCCUCUCUGCCCGGCUUGCUGGAGCUCAGCUUAGGCCCCCACCCAUGAGACCCAUCAGGCCAGUUGUCCAACAUCGGUCAAGUAGCAGUAGCAGCUCGGGAAUGGGUAGUCCUGCUGUGACACCCACGGAGAAGAUCUUCCCUAACAGCGCCUCAGAUAAAUCUGGCACAAUGUAGCUAUUACCGUCAUGAAGGGAGUCUUUGUUGGAGGAAAUGGGUACCCAUCCUGAUUUUCAUUUCUCUUUAGGUUGAAGCUAUGAUUGUACAAAUGAUGUCAUUAACUAAAGAACAAGACAGGGAAAAAGGACUCUUGUAGAAACAAUGGCACUGGGGACUGUAGAUGUGGCUUAAGGAUUUCAUGAUAUUUACAUACCAUUCUUAUCAAGAUUGCUGGAAAUAUUUGGUACAGCCAAAUGAGAUGGCCAUUUCAUGUAUUACCACUGGAACAUUCAAGUCUGUGUAGAAGUAUAUAUAUGAAACUGUACAUAGCCUAGUAACAUUUUAGUAGAUUUACCUCAGAAACCCACCCCUAGACUUCUGCUAGAGAGUGUUUUUGUGUGUGUGCGCGUGCGUGAAUUACACAGCAACUGUGCAUUAAGCAAUAGACGAUUGGUUAAUUCUUGAAUUGAAUUUUCACACUAGUUUGGCUUGGCUUUAAAGUUGCAAACAGAAGAAAACGCCGUUGGUUUGGUUCAACAGUUGUCCUGCAAAUACUGGAGUUCAUCUGAUGAUCAUGUCUAUCUUGCUGGAUGGAUAGAUUUUUGUCUUCACAUUCAUCUCUUAAAGACUGCUUCAUUGAAACAUGGAAGCUUGUGGUUAUUUCCUGGUUGGAAGAGUAUACCACUUGUGGACACAAAGAAUUAAAAGUAGUACACCUUCCCUUUGUGUGAAGGGGAAACCUAGGAUUUUCUGUACGUACUUCAUGUCGUAGCACAGUGUUAUGUGUGUACAAAAGAAACUCAACUCCUGCUGUUUUCAAAACAGAAGAGGACUCUGAAGUAAUCUGUGGUUGAUAACAAUAAAUAAAUAGGCUAACUUAUAUAGUGUUUUAAAUAUUUUAUCCCCCAUCCCUUCUUUUUGCUAAUGAUUCCUAUGGGGAAACUAUGGAUUAAAACAGGCAAGGAAGCUUUGGGUAAAAAUCACAUUCCCUUUAAAAUGACUCAGCAGUACACAAGAGUCUUGACUCAGACUGUGUCCCCUUGCAUGAAUAGCAUGAGCCAUAUUUGACCUUGUCAGACAUAUAACUGAUCUGAUGGGGUGACAAUUUGCACUUUCUGUACUGUACUAUAUAACAAUAUACAGCAGUUUUGGGUUUAUGAUAUUUCUUUCUCUCUUAAAACUUAACCUAGGAAAAAAAUAUGCAGAGAGAGCUAGGGUUUGCAUGAUAGCUAAGCCUUUUCUCUAUUCACUGAACUCAAGACUCUUCUUGCUGCUAUUUUUUGUUUUAAUUUUUGUCGGUAUUUGUAGACAUGCCUUCAUAACAUCAGCCCUUGGACGGUAGUAGCCUUUUUACUUUAAAUACCACUGCACAUUAAUUUUUUUUACAUGGAAUGCCUCUUGACAAAUCUUAUUCAAACUGCACACUUGCUUAAAUCUGCACUUUUUCUCUCUUUCUUGAUCUCUCCCGAAUUAAUUUUGCAGUGGCCAACACUUAGAGAAGCCAAACAUUUUCUCCUUCAUCAUCAGAGCUUGGCUAUAACGACGUCUGUUGCCUUUCAGCACCCCAUGGUGUAUUUAAAAUGAUCUUGGGGUUGGCUUUCUGUGGUCUAACUCCGCCAAAAUUCAGAGCAUCUUGGAAAGAGCUGCUGAGCCAUUCUGCAAUUUACCAUUUUUAUCCUGCUUUAUUUGACAAAUACUGCCCUCACUCCACCUGUGUGCAUAAACCAUUUUU